AUGCCCAUCACAAAGCGCUGUGCCUGUGCUGCCGCUGCAGCUGCGUUUAACACAUAAUUUUGUGCAAGGUUGCGAAUUUUUAUUUUAAGUAUUUGUUUUUGUGAUAGUGUUGCAGUGCCAGCGCCAUGUUAACGUUAUUGCUGUGCAUGUAAUAAACCGAAUCUUGAAGAAAACGCCCAGCAGCUGCAGCAGUAGUCAAAAAAAAAAUAAAAUAAAGAAAAACCCGGAUCUAAACAAACUGCAAGCUGAAUUUGGACUGCGUUUUCGGCAUUCACAAUGACACCAUUUGAUGAUUUCGUCUAUUUGAUAAAUCACGUGCUGCUUGGCGAAGAGCCGACCAUCGAGGAUUUCAUAUUGCUUGUGGGCACACUGGUGGCCUUCAUAGCGUUUAUACUCUGGUGUUGUUUUCCCAUACAGCCAAAGGAACCGGGCCAGCAUCGACAAUUUACGUGUAAAAUCAUACAGAAUCACAUCAAGGCAUUCGAUGCGGCCACCAGUAAUGACAAUGGCACUGCAACUGCAACGGCAACUGCGACUGCGACCAGCAGUAACGGCAGUAACGGCAGCGCCAGCUUCUUAAAUGGCGCCGGCAACGCAAGUACACAAUACAAUGGCGGCGGCGGCAGUUACAGCAAAAACGGCACCGUUGCCAUGCACAACUAUUACGUUAAGAACGGACACCACUGUUGCACCUAAUGUGUGUGUGGCCCAAUGAAAUAUGGAACUUAACCAGGCCCAAGGCACUGGCUUCAAAGCUUCGACCAAGUCAACAACAAAAAUUUUCGAAAUUGUUUGCCAAUUCUGAUUUGAAAUUAUUUAACUUGCGUUUGUUCCUUUCUCUCUCAUAUUAACUCGGAAUUACUUUCUUCAGUGUUCUAUUAAUGUCAGUAGAAAUUGUGCCAAUUGGUUGUUCAAAACGCAGCUAAAAGCUAUAAAAAGCGUUCUGAACGUUGCCCUCCACCCCAGGGCAAAGAACAGCCCCCUGUUUAAACAUGUUUGCAUAUGUAAUUCGCAGGCACAUUUGAAUUGUAAUUGCUCAGACUGAUUUGUUCAUGGGGGGAAAAUGCAUUUUAUGCAUUCCCCCGUGACGGCUAAGAAAACCACACAAAAAUGUGUACGAAAUGUUAAGCGUUCGUGUAGGGCGCAAGUUUUUAAAACUUCUCUUGUUUAGUAUGUAUUGUAUUGCGUUCGAAUACCAAAAUUACACACGAGCAUGUUAAGAAAAAAUAUGACAAAAGUUGAACAGAUAAAAAACAAAAAGACAAGGAAACCAAGCAACUAUUUAUAAGUAUUUAUUAUGAUGAAAAACAAGAACUAAUUGCAUAUUUAUACGCAUGUUAAUAUUAUUACAAUCGCUUACGAUCCCCAGACAUUUGCCCGCAUAUAGCGCAAAAAACUAAACAAAAAAAAAGAACAAUUAUUAAGUCUAGCUAGCUUUAUGGAGGGCGA